UGGUAGCAAUGCAAGGAGAGGAAAGGAAGAAAGAAAAACAGGGGGAGGUUAGGGAAAUUUAAAAGACAGAAAAAUACUUUAAUAGCAGACUUCCAGGAAGAGAAAUAGUGAGCAACAGAGAAACACAGACACAGGAGGAGGCAACAGCAGUACCUUCAGAAAAAGAUUUGCCUGUUUAUCCACCAGUCGGACAUAGUAUGACCCUGUUGCUGCUCUGCAAGACACCUUCAGGCCCGAUCAGAAUGUCCAGAAUACAACUCUUCCUGUGCUGUUUUCUCCUGUUUCUUAUCAUAUACUUUCUUCACGGACAUAAAAUCGCUGUCAGUCUGGAGCCAGCUCAGCUUAUUUAUCACUCCUCUGGAGGGGAAAGAGGAAAAAUACUGACAGAUCUGACGGUGAUGAAGUCAGCAGAACCAUUGACUCCUGCGGAAACAUCAUGGGGGGCUCCUUUGGUGUGGGGUGACAUUGAUGAUUCAGCGUGGCGCAGGGCAAAAUUCACCAAACGGGGAGUCCACGUAGCUCUGUUUGCCCUCGUGGUGGGUACAUAUGUGCGCUAUCACAGACGUUUUCUCUCCUCCGCUGAAACCUACUUUCUCCCUGAUCAGAAGGUCACAUAUUACAUCCUCACAGACCGAGAUCCCAGUUCUCUGGAUCCCCCGGUCAAGCUGGAGCCUCGACGACACGUGAAGGUGGUUCAGGUUGCAGAGCUGCCUGGCUGGGACAGGUUGGCCUAUCGUAGAAUCAUCCUCCUCGCCGAUGUCAUCAGGGACCUGGUCGACAGCGACGUUGAGUACAUCUUCUGCAUCGACGUGGACCAGGAGUUUGUGGGCCCAGUGAGGGAGGAAAUCCUGGGAGACCUUGUGGCUACGCUGCAUCCAGAACUUUAUGGGAUGCCACGAACGGCUUUCCCUUACGAGGUUGAAGAAGUAUCCUCGGCUUGUGUGGAGGAGGAUGAAGGAGACUUUUAUUACACGUCUGAGUUCUACGGGGGGUCUGUUUCUGAGAUGUACAAACUGGCUCGUGCCUGUUCUGUACUUAUCCUGCAGGACCAGGCAAACAAAGUUACGCCCAGAGAACUGGAGGAGAGCUACCUGAACCGCUAUCUGAUCGACCACAGGCCGACCUGCGUGCUGUCACCGGAGUACAGUUGGUGGGAUUCAUCCCUGACCGCUCCUGUCUCCGUACCAAGACUCAUAUCCUCAGGAAGGCAAUGUGAGGCAUACGAUAUAAAGACGAGGGAGGAACACAAAUGUUAAUCAUUUGAAAUGAGUUGCAGGAGGGAUCUGAAAUCCAAAGCCACUGAUGUACCGUAUUUUCUGGACUAU